AUGUACUACAACAAGUCCAUACCAAAAGAACCAAGAAGUGGCAAAUGUUUCGUAUGCGUUCUGGCUUUCUUUGUCAUCUUAUGUGCACUUCUACUGGUUUUCGCAUCCAUAGUGCGUGUGAGGAACCCUCGUGUCAAAAUAAGAUCAGCUACGUCGAACCAAAUCAGUUACAGCGUUUCAUCAUCAUCACCUUCGUUCAACGCCACCGUCGUCAUCUUUUUCAGCAUCAAGAACCCCAAUCUCAGUGCCUUCACUUACGAGAAUAGCAGCGUGAGUGUGCUCUAUGCGGGUGUGAAGAUCGGUCAUAGGCCCAUCAACGGUGGCAGGGUCAGUUUCAGAAAAACCAAAGAAAUUAAUGUUAUUGUUAAUUUGAGCUCAGCUGAGAUACCUGUCACUGCUAAUCUUUCUAGUGACAUGAAUUCAGGGUGCUUGAAUCUCACGAGCUAUGCCAAAUUUAGUGGCAUAGUUCGUCUUCUGAAAAUUAUGAAGGUCAAAAUGAACAUCGAAACUGCUUGCGCUAUGAAGCUCAACUUCACCUCCCACGUAAUUCAGGAUAUUCAAUGCUAA